CAAACACAGUUCAAUAACGUGAUCUUUGAUUAGUAAUCAAAUACUUUUUAAAUGUGCCGCUGUUCCCUUCAUUCUUAAUCAAGUUCUGUAUCCAGUAAUCAUUACCGCAGGUUGAAAUCUCAGUUGUUGCUGUGAAUUCUUUUUUACGAGCCUUGUUAAAUCUCAUCGCCAUAUAUUUAUUUUCGCGCGUUAGAACGGUUAAGCUUACCAUCACGUCGCAUCGCGUCAGUUAAACUACAGUCUGCUUAAAGAGAUUGAUCUCUUUUCUUUCUAAUUUGAGGCCCUGUAUGAAAAGCAUGCAGUUGCCAAUAUUUGUGCUAAAACUCACAAAUAUUUUAUAUUUAUCUUCUUUUUUUUUCCUAUUUCAUUUGGAUAAUAAUCCAUCAGCUAAGUUUUUUUUAAAGAGGCUUAUUGGAUUCCCGCCGGAAACGUGUUUUAGUUGAGGAAAAGACAACAGUCCCAUAUUUUACCCGAAGGAGUCAUCAGUUCUUAUCGUGUAAGGUAGAGUGUAAAAGUGACUGCAAACUAGUAAAAAUGUAUCAGCACUAAGUAAGUGGCGCGGCACGCUAUUCGGUAAGUCAAAACAUAAUGUUUCAAUUACUAGGUUUUUUGCCUUCUCUUCUCCUUUAACUUGCUAAAGAAGUUUUGCGGGCAAAAACAUUUAAAUGUUUAUAGUCAUUCAAUGACCGUCAAGAAGCUGAAUUGUAUGUUUGUCGACCGGUUUUACGAAAUUGUGUAUCACCUUACGUCAAAUCGCAAACCAUUCCUGAGAUUUAAACUGGAUCAGUUAAUUCAUUUAUAAGCUGAUAGAGUGCUCAUUUCCAGUAUAACUAUUCCCUUAUUGCUUUUACUUUCUUCGUAAGUUUACCCAAAUUUUGGAAACGUACAUACGCGCACGUCCGCGUGAAGUCUUGUCACGCAGUCGUCAUUAAGACUGUUCUCCGAGGUACGUUGACUUGGUUACCUUGUCAUUGCGCGUUAUAUUAUAUAGAGUUCUAGAUAUGCUCAAAGUGACUUUUCGAUCGUUUUCUAUAUGUGUCACGUUCCAAGCAACAAAGGUUAUUUUUUUGUCGCCUCUCGUUGUAUUACACCCACCGCGCAGCGGACAAAGGUCCUGUUGUUGUCGUUGUCCUUGACACAAGCAAGCCACUUGGGUCCAGUCUGACGCAUGGCUUGCAUUAGAGAUCGCGCGCUGUGUUUUGAAAACAACGAGGCCGGCAGCAAUCUCCACACCGAAGGCUGCAGGUAGGACAAGGAUCGUCUUUGAGUAGUGCUUUAAGACUUUUCGCGUAUUUUCAAUACGUUGUACAAACACUCAUUGACGAACGCUUUGAAGAACCAUCAUGUGACGUGUUGGCUCACGAAAGGCCACCUUUAUCUGACAGAGGAUACUGCGUGACAGUAAUAGUGGUUUCGUCAUCUGACAGUAAACUGCAUCACAUUGUCGCCUCGUUUCACACCUUGCCUCGAGAAUGCGAUGAUUACCACGUUCUUAGCCAAGAAGGAAACAAUUGCCUACAAGACCUUGGAAAAUCCGAAAUCCUUCUGUGGACUUAUCACUGGUAAAUUUUCAAAAUCCAUCCUAGUUUUCUUCUUUCUCCUCAUCACUGCAACUGCUGAUGGACAUCAAACAGGAGUUGCUACAGAAUUGAGCACUUCAAACACAACAGAUCUCCAUGGAUUGCGCACUCCAGGAAUAUAUGCAUCAGAGAAUAAUAUUAAGCAAAAUUUACCAAAUAGAGAAGAGAAUAGCACAACUGCACCAUUAAUACCAGAAAAUGACUAUUUAUUAACUCAAAACUCUUUGAGAUACACUUUACUUCUGAUUUUUAGACAAGAAUUAGAUAAUAGGAGCUUUGUGAUAAAUGUAAAUGCUGUUGAUGGAAGUUCAUCUGAAACUGUAUAUGUCCUUACAGUUCAGAAUAGAUCAUUGUUGUUUCAAAUAAAUAGUUCCUUAUUUGGCCUUGUUAAAUUAGCCAAUAUUUCCUCAUGGCAAAAAUUGCUAGUAAGCUUUAAUCACCAAGAAAUCUCAGUCACCCAAGAUUGUCAAGAAUUCAACUACUUAUCACUACCAAGCAUUAGUAAAUUGGAAGAGUGGGAAAAGAUUGCCGUUACAGCACACCUUGAGGAUGCCCAAGAUAGUGAUAUUGAGAAUGAUAUUUGUCAACUGUUACUCCUGGAUCAGCAAGAAAGUGUGAGUGCUUUCUGCCAGAGACCAUUGAGAAGUGAUUGCACUGAUAGAAAAAAUGUUCAUGCUAAACAGCAGAUUAAGGAAAGUUGGAACAACACUGAAACACAAUCAGGCCAAGGUUUUGUUGCCAUGCCAGCACCUGCUGGAGUGAAGGGUCCUCCCAGUAACACUGUGACAGAAUUAACAAGAGUGAUAACAGUCAUUAAGUCCCCUGGUCAUCCUGGAUUGGCUGGUGAAAAUGGACCCAAGGGUUAUAAAGGUGAUAAGGGCAUACAGGGUCCACAUGGCAUCCUUGGAAAGCCUGGUUCUCAUGGCCCUCCAGGUGAGCGGGGUACUUCAGGACUAAAAGGAGAUCCUGGGAUUAUUGGACACCAGGGUCGUGCUGGAAGUAAUGGACCCAAGGGACACCCAGGACCACUAGGUGAUGCAGGUGAACCAGGCAUGGCUGGACUACCAGGUGUAGAGGGUAAUCAGGGAGAACCUGGUGAUAUUGGUGAACCUGGAGAUCCAGGACCUCAAGGGUUUCGAGGCUCCCGAGGACAAAUAGGACUGAUGGGAGCAUCUGGAAAUCCUGGAAUUCAAGGACCUCCAGGUUCCAGAGGAGUUCAAGGAUAUGAGGGUGAUCGUGGUGAGCAAGGGCUGGGAGGAAACCAUGGAAAGAGAGGAGCUAAGGGAAACAGAGGAAAUUUUGGGCGCAAUGGCAUGAAAGGCAAAAAGGGAAAUACAGGUCCAGUUGGCCCAAAAGGAGAGGAGGGUAAAAAAGGCCACAAGGGCAUUCAAGGUCAUGUGGGAUCCAGAGGUGCACAUGGUCCUUCAGGAGCAAAUGGUCCUCCUGGAGAUCCUGGGCACAAAGGUUCCACAGGACUUCCUGGUCACAAGGGAAUGCCUGGAAAGCUAGGAAAACCUGGAACUCCUGGCCAAAAAGGCAUUGUGGGUCCUUCUGGUGAACUUGGAUUUUAUGGUCCUAAAGGAAACAAGGGAGAUAAGGGGGACAAUGGUCGCAGUGGUUUCCGUGGAAAACGUGGAGUAAGAGGAGACUCUGGGAAGAAAGGUAGAAGGGGCUACAAUGGUUCAAAUGGUGAUAAGGGAUCAUCUGGAAGGAUUGGAGAACCAGGACCACAGGGUCAACUGGGAACAACAGGUGUUCAAGGAGUUAUUGGUAGUCCUGGACCAAGAGGACCUCCGGGUCGUCGUGGUCCCAAUGGUACACUUGGCGUAAUAGGAAAACCAGGGCCUGUGGGUAUCGAAGGAAAGCCUGGAGAUCAGGGAGCACAAGGCCCAAAAGGAGAGGAUGGUCCGGCUGGAAUUCCUGGAUCAGUAGGAGAAGCCGGGCCUCAAGGAUUACAGGGUGAAUCAGGGCCAAAGGGAAGUCGUGGAGAAAUCGGAGAGCCCGGAAGGCAGGGCGCUGCUGGUCAUCCUGGAAUUAAAGGCACAGAUGGAAUUACGGGGCCACAUGGUGUUGAAGGGGGUGAAGGGCUCGUUGGUGACCCAGGUGUUAAAGGUUCAGGAGGGAUACAAGGGGUUAUGGGCAUUGCUGGACCUCAGGGUCCACCUGGACUAUUGGGAAAAUCUGGCUUGGAUGGGACUGAAGGAGAACAGGGAAACGAUGGGCCACAAGGCUUCCCAGGACUGCCUGGAACUACCGGUGGAAAGGGAGGCAGUGGUUUGGCUGGACAGAAAGGUCCACCGGGAAGCCAGGGACCUUUUGGUGCACCAGGACCGCCUGGCUUGGUAGGAGGCGAGGGAACAAAAGGUUUCAAGGGUGAGAGUGGUGCACCAGGACCAAAAGGGCCUCAAGGAGAUCAAGGGCCAAAAGGAAGUGUUGGAGAAAUGGGAGUUAUAGGAGUUCAUGGAAAUCUGGGUAAAGAGGGCCAACCGGGACUUCUUGGUUUACGCGGCGUGCAGGGAAUGAAAGGAUCAAAGGGCGAGGACGGCAUUCCUGGUUUAUGGGGAGAUCCUGGAGUAAAGGGACCGGAGGGAGCACCAGGAUUACGAGGACAUCCGGGUGCUACCGGUGACAUGGGCCCAGUGAAUAGUGAGAGUGGUGCUCGUGGAGAAAUAGGAGAAGAGGGUGAAAUUGGGGAGACGGGAGAAGACGGAGACAAGGGAGACAGAGGAUUUCCUGGAAGAAACGGAAGAGUGGGUCCCCCUGGUGAGAAAGGAUUGCCUGGUGAUCUUGGCGUGCCCGGAGUACCGGCAUUUGCAGGGCCACUUGGGCAAAGAGGUCAGAGAGGCUCAACGGGAGGUCAGGGCUUACCUGGAGCCCCAGGCACUCCUGGAGAUACUGGAGUCAUUGGUCUCGGGGGACUUACAGGCCAUCCCGGUGAAGGUGGACGUAUUGGCGAUCCUGGAGGAGUGGGUAAGCAGGGAAAAAAGGGAAAGGAAGGCAAGAAUGGCUCACCAGGACUCAAGGGUCAUCGUGGAUCUAAAGGACAAAGUGGAGAGUCAGGGAGGGAAGGACCACCAGGGGGUAAAGGAAACUCAGGUAGAGGAGGGGAUUAUGGAAAUAAAGGUGAAAAGGGAGAGAGGGGCGACCAAGGAAGUUUGGGAUCUUCCGGACAAUCAGGGCCAGAGGGAAGCGUUGGCCCACUUGGAUUGAGAGGAAUGCAAGGUUCCCUUGGGCAACAGGGAAGAAAAGGAAUGCUUGGACCAAUAGGAGAGACGGGAACGAUAGGUGCAGAGGGACUGUUUGGGGAACUGGGUGCGCAAGGAGACCCGGGAAUGUGGGGCGAGAGGGGCGAGAGAGGUAUUCCUGGAAAAAAAGGGGAAGUUGGGCUGAAAGGAAGACAGGGCUCUGUUGGUGUCAUUGGAGAUCGCGGUCGAGUUGGCAAUGCAGGACAAACGGGGGAUCCUGGAAUGUCUGGUCUUCAAGGCAGCCCAGGCUCAGAAGGAAAUCAGGGUCUCACUGGUUACGUGGGAGAAAAAGGCAUUCCGGGAGCUCCAGGUUUAAAGGGAGUAGGAGGAAUUACGGGCGAAUUUGGUCCACCGGGUCCCCCUGGUCAGGCGCUGGGGUUUCAAAGAUUUUCCCAGCAUGAUGACUUAGAUCAGGCAAUACGAAACAUCAAGUCUUUGUUAUACGUGUCUUCUACGGUGGAGAAAUACAAAUUUCCUCUAGGUACCAGAGAUAAUCCAGCCAUGUCGUGUAAACACCUUAUGGACAGUGACAGCUAUCGAGACGGUAAUUUCUGGAUUGAUCCCAACCUUGGAUGCCCUGCUGAUGCCAUUAAGGUUUACUGCAAGUUUACAGCGGGAGGGGAAUCUUGUGUUUCUCCCCUUCAGGAUAAGAUUCCGAAGAAGACCUGGAAAAAUGAUUCAAAAUCAUCGUGGCAGAGAUUUUCAAAUCUUAAACAAGGUUUUAAGAUCAGCUACAGAGUCAGUAAAGUACAGCUUAACUUCCUGCGACUUCUUAGCACCACGGUCAGCCAAACAGUAACAGUCAAGUGUAAGAGAAUUGUACCAUGGUUCCACAGAGCCUCAAAAAGUCAUCGUUAUUCCUGGAUUUUUCAUGGGAGGAGAGGCUUCGACUUCACACCGACAAGCAAUCCAAGGCCAAACGUUACACGAGACUACUGCCAGCGCGAUGAUGGAAAGUGGCGCAGAACCGAGUUUAAGUUCGCAACUAACAAAGUUGAUGUUCUCCCCAUUGAAGACUGGACGUUCUUUCACCGCGCAGUAGGAAAAGAACAGUUUGGCGUCAAAAUUGGACAAGUUUGUUACCGAUGAUAAGGAACUUACGAGGACAUUUUGCGUCCGUGGAAACUUAAUUUCUUGAUUAGAGCGCUACUAAACCAGUUAUCACUAAGUUGCUGUAUUUAUUUUUGUAGACAAGGAACGUUUCGUUCUCUAAUAAUUCAUUGCCUUUAAUCGUAACAGUGACCGCGUGUUUUAGCGAUUCUCUGACUUAAUCAACAACCUUUUUCUGCGUGGAGAUGGUCGAAUGAAGAUGCGUGACUCGAACGAUAAGGGUUCUGUACUAUUUAGUGUGAGAAACACAUUAAAGGCUGAAAUGCCUAGUACUUACGAAGCAUAUUCCAUUGACACUAUAUGUUUCUUUGAAACUCUGUCGAAGCUAUCUGGAGCCAGUCCUUCUUAUUACCAAAUUUUGUUAUUAUUAUUUGCUUGGAGAAAUGCUCAGAAAAUUAGGCCUUUGACAUUCCAAGCUUCGUUGUGUUAUGGUUAUAAAAAGAGAAUCGAUUAUAUUUAGCCGAACGUGUAGGCAGUAUUUUGUUUAAAAUCCGAUACUUCGAAAUGUAUGUAGAAAAAAGCGAUUUUACGCUUAAAAGAGCGAGUUUUGUGAGUGAUUUUUUUGAAGUGAUACGCACAUGGUAGUUAGUCUUCGCGGAUGUGACUGAGUUGUUGAUUGCAGUUUUUUGCAUCCGUUCUGUUUGGUGUUCAAGUCAGUACGCAGCUGAGCAAUGUUGUUUAAAGCGGGUCUUAGUUAAUAUAGUUUAAGGACGGACUUUCAUGCGCCUAAACUUAUAGACAUUAAAACUUCUGGCUUUUAAAA